UCUAGUGAUCAAGCAUUACGUUAGUUUCGAGAUAGUCUACAUCAUAAGGGCUCUGGUAGUAUGUGGAUGAUUGGGUGUUGAGUCUGCAUAGGAUGCACUGUUGUCAGGGAGAAGUGCAAGUCACCUUCACGCGGUUGGCCCAGAAGCCCAUAUCUAACGCAGACGAUCACAGAACUACACCAACCACGGACGACGGUCCCGAAACAAGGUCCACUAUGUCUGGCCACUAAAUCAACGGUCCAGCCGGGAAGAUAGAGCACAGACCGUUGUUUAUUGGCAUCGCUGGCGUGAAUGAGAAUUUGCCGAAUAGCUGAGUUAGAUGACAAAGCCGAUGAUGGGUUUAUCGCUCCGCUAAAUAGAUUUAAUGCGCCUCUGAAUGCAUUAACCCCGUCACUGGCGGGUGCUGAACGGGAUAUCUCGGCGUGUCCUAUUCGGACCGGAGCGCCUGUGGGGUUUCCCUGAACGCUUUGCAGCGUUUUCAGCCAUGGCUCUGGUGACUCUGCAGCGCUCCCCUACACCCAGCGCCGCAUCCUCAGCCAGCACCAACGCGGGGGAGGAUUUAGGCAGUGAUGAUGAUCGAAAGGCAAACCUAAGCCUGAGUGAAAGUUUCUUCAUGGUAAAAGGGGCAGCUCUGUUUUUACAGCAAGGCAGCAGUGCACAAGAGCCCAGAACACCCACCCAUCAUAAAAAUGCAGGGGAUCUACCACAGCAUCUACAAGUAAUGAUAAACACCCUCCGUGCUGAGGAUAGAAUUAAACUAGUUGUUAGGUUAGAAAGCGGUUGGACAGACCACGUGCGGUACAUGGUGGUUGUCUACACAAAUGGACAUCAGGACACUGAAGAAAACAUGCUGCUUGGGGUGGAUUUUACAGAUAAGGACAGUAAAAGUUGCUCUAUUGGGAUGACUCUACCACUUUGGAGUGAUACCAAAAUUCACUUGGAUGGAGAUGGAGGUUUCAGUGUGAGCACAGCAGGAAGACUUCAUGUUUUUAAGCCUGUGUCAGUCCAGGCUAUGUGGUCUGCCCUCCAGGUGUUGCACAAAGCAUGUGAGGUGUCCUGCAGAUACAACUACUUCCCAGGAGGGAUGGCCCUCACAUGGGUUGGCUAUUAUGAGAGCUGUAUAUCCUCAGAGCAGAGUUGUAUCGAUGAGUGGAAUGCUGUGACAGAUCUGGAGAACACGCGGCCUGACUCACCAGUCAUGUUUUCUGAGCAGCCAACAGAGAGAGAGAGAACCGAGUGUUUGAUUAAAGCCAAACUCCGAAACAUAAUGAUGUUUCAGGACCUGGAAAAUAUUACUUCUAAGGAGAUCCGAAAUGAACUGGAACAACAUAUGAGCUGCAACCUGAGAGAGUAUAAAGAGUUUAUUGACAAUGAGAUGCUGCUUAUCCUGGGCCAGAUGGACAAGGCUACACUCAUAUUUGACCAUCUGUACCUGGGCUCAGAAUGGAAUGCUUCCAACUUGGAGGAGCUUCAAGACUCUGGGGUUGGGUAUAUCCUCAAUGUCACAAGAGAGAUUGACAACUUUUUCCCAGGUACUUUUUGUUAUUGUAAUAUCCGAGUUCAUGAUGAUGAGACUACAGAUCUGCAGGCACACUGGAACGAAACCUACGACUUCAUAGUUAAAGCCAAGAAAAACAACUCCAAAUGCCUUGUACAUUGCAAGAUGGGAGUGAGUCGCUCAGCAUCCACUGUCAUUGCUUAUGCCAUGAAGGAGUAUGGAUGGUCGCUUGAGAAGGCGUACAGUUUUGUCAAACAGAAGAGGAAUAUAGCACAACCCAAUCCAGCUUUUAUGAAACAACUUGCGGAGUACGAGGGGAUUUUAGAUGCCAGCAAGCAGAGACACAACAAACUCUGGCAACCGGAUGGUGAUGAGUAUUCGCUGGAGGGUCUCCAGGCUUCAGCUGCCAGUGGUGACCAGACUCCUCAAUUUUCGUCACUGCACCCCAAUCAAGAGCAGACUGCUUGGGGCCAUGGUGGAGCAAGUGCUUCCCCCUGCUGCGGAGAAGAGCCGACAGAUCAUCUCAAUUACAACUACUACUUCCGGCGACUAUCAGACACCGCUCUGGACAGUGAACCCUCCACGCCAGUUCGAGGUCCUCCACUUUUAGGCAUGGAACGAGUUUUUAUUGAGAUUGAGGAUGUAGAGAGGGAUGCGUUGUUGGACGAUGAAGGUUUCCCCAUGGCUCACUUGGGCCUUCCCGGGGAGGGCACAGCAGCCCAGACCUGUGGCCGACUGGAGCCUAUAGAGGACAUGCGCUUGAGGCUGGAGUUUAGCACGGUGGAGGAGGAGGAUGAGGAGGAAGCACAAAAGGAGGAGGCGGAGAUGGCCGCUUUAGCUCGUGGCGAGGAGACGCUGAGGGAAGACGAGAACCUGGCUAACUCGAACCGCUUUAACAACGAGAACGCCAACAACAGCAACAGGCUGGCUGGGAAACGCAGCUGCCCUUCUGGCUUUGACGACAGUGCUAGCAUUGGAAAGCCCUACAAAGUGAAGCCCUCAUAUCAGUCGUGCCGAGACUGCCUGCGCCUGCCCAGUGGCCGCCGCUGCGAACGUCGCACCCAUCGCCUUAACCUGCCACGUCACACUGGCCUGCCCAGUUUGUCCAUCCAGGCCCCCAGAGGACACAAAUUCAGUACCGUUUCCGCCAAUAAGGUGCCUCCUCCUGCCCCUCUGCAUCACAUGAGCAGCGGGCACUGCCAGUGCAUUCGUUGCUUCGGUCAAGCCAACUCGGACAUUUACAACAAGCAACUGAGCUGCGAAGACCUUCCUCAGGAUUUGCAUUAUUCCUUGGAGACUGAGGACAAAAUGGUAGGGGAGGACGAGGGGAGUAAGGAAUGCUCCAGUAGUCCUACGACAGAGCUCACUCUCCUGAAGCUCAGUCUGGAUGGUGAGAGGCCUACGGUGGAGCUCAGUCAGGAGGCCCCUCUGGAGACGCAGCUGGCGCACCAUAGACUGGAACAACUGUCAGAGCAGAUGGACUUGAGCAUAGAGGACAUUGCCAGAGAGGACAUGGAAGUGGAUGAGGGGAACGUCCCCAGCUUGCACCCUGGUUCCGGUGAACUCCAGCAAACACUCGCGCCGGGCUUGGCCCUGACACGCAGCUCCAGCAGCGAUAGUCUGCAGAGAAUUUGUAGGGGCCAGCCAGGCUUGGUACGUCAGCGAGCUCGAGAGAUUGAGGCCCGUGUGCGGCUCACUGGACUGACCAUGUCCUCCCAACUGAAAAGGUCUAAUUCACUGGCCAAGCUAGGUGACUUGGCCGUCUCCACAGAGGACCUCAUGCUUUCCACCACAGUCUCCACUGACUACGAAAACCAAGAGCCUGCUCUUUGCGUGCAAUCCUCUUCCUCCCCCAAGCUCUUUUUAACUUCAACUGUGUUGCAGAGUUUGAAAAGCUGACUCCCAAGAUUUUAGAACUGCUUUCUCAGUGAAUGGGACCGAUCCAGUCCUACAGCCAUCGAGAGCAACCAUGGAGGCUGAUGCUGCAAGACACCUCAUGAGAACAAUCAGGCCAGGCUUGGACAUACUUCCAGCAGCCCUUUACAUAACUGCACUGCAUUCUUCAUGUGUUUGUCUGUGCUUUAACUAAGAUAUGUAUUAAAGCAUGCUCUGGCUUGGACCUUCAUUAAUGGCUUUGUUGAUACUGGUUUUCUUUGUCUUGCUAAAGGAAGCCCUACCUGUUAAGGUUUUAAUAUAAACGUGGCCCAGGUGGCAUAAUCAGACCUUUUUAAAUGAACUGAUUUUCCUCAAAUAUUUGUUUGAUCUCCAUAAUUUAAACUUUCUUUAACUUUAAAACUCCAGUUUUGUGCCCUUUGGUUGAUAUUCUAACAACAUAGAUGACAUUUUGCCUCCCAGAUUGUUGUACAGAAUAUUUAUGUGCUACUGCAAAAGAACCAAUGCAGUUGUGAUGAUUUAAUAGCAAAAAGAGACCAUUAUUCUGAUUAAGAUAGUCAUUACAAACCAUAAAGGUGCACAUAAUGAAAAAUUAGAAACAUAUUAUGGAAUAACUAAUCGGACCACUGAUCAUAGAAAUUUUCAGUCCAUAGAAAUUACUGGUUGGACCAAAUAAGGUGGUAGGUGAGUAUUUAUAAGUUAUUUAAAAACUGAAUUAGAUUUAGAAGUAGAUAUUGAUAUGUCCGUGAUAACAUCUGAGCUAUGACUUUAUUAAAACAUGAUCAAAAUCUAAGCCCAAAAAAUUCAUAUCUAAUUGACUAUUACAAUUAAACACUGAAGUCAUAAUAUUAAAUUGGUGACUUUUUUGUUAACUUGAACCGUGCCUUCAAAAGUUGUAUAGUUCCACAAACUUUUGUGAGGAGAUUUUUAUUCCACUCUGAUAGUGACUUGGAUGACUUCAACAAAGCCACAUAAUUAUUGUCUAUUUCCAGAGAAUAAUGCAACAUGAAUGUGGUUGGCUACUUGUCUUACAACACUAAUUUGCUUCUCAGCUGGUGUUUAUCAGGUCAAUUACAUCUAUAAUGUGCUACUAGAGUAGCUACUGUUAUGUAAUUUAGCUUAAGCUGUUUAUUGUACAAAUCGUAGCCUGUGAUGUGCAAAAGGCUUUAGCAGCAACACAUUAGGACAAUACAAUUGAUCAGAGGAUGUUGAAAUGUGUCACUAUCGUCCUUUAAAAGGUCCUUUUAAAAUGUCUCCUAUAUGAAAUGACAUCAUAGCAUCUGAUGAUGACAGUUAUGUACAUUGAGUAUUAACAGGUAUGAACAGUUUGUUAUGAUAUUGUGGGCAUAGGGACCUGCUUGAUCUUGAACUUGAGCUCAAUUAAAUACCAUGAUGGUGUAUAUAUGAUAUCUGUAAAAGAACACACAAAGUUUGAUUAGUGCUCCAAGAUAACUAAGUUUGUAAGCAUUGAUUAAACUUGACCUUAAUUAUUUUUUCAUAUAUAUAUAUAUAUAUAUAUAUAUAUAUAUAUAUGAAAAAAAUAUUAAUGUUAUUGGUCUUUGUGUUGCCCACUAAGGUUUUUAUUAUAAUUUUUUUAAAUAUACAUAUGUGUAUAUAUAUGCAAAGUGGCCUGUGCAAUAAGUGUAAACAAGAAUUUGAAGAGGAUAAUUUUUAUUUAUACAAUAAUGUGAAAAGUUACACGUUUGCAUUAAGAAGAAUGAAAAUCUGAGAAAAAAGCACCUCGAGUGAGAUUGUGUUUUUCUUUUUUUUCCCAUAUGGUCUGCAUUUGCUCAGUCACUGCUGUAUGAAACUAUUGUUUUGGAACUUAAUAUUGGCUUUUUAUUUAUCAAAUUAUUUAUUUUCCCCAUGUUUACAAAAUAUAUAUAAUGAGGGCAUUCCAAUUUCAAAGUAUAGUUGUAUAUUUAUUUAUUUUAUGUUUUUUUUUUUUUGGGGGGGGGGGGAUAUUUCUGCAAAUCAAAAUUAUUACGAUUGCCAAAAAAAGAUGGCGUUCCAAAGAGAGUAAAGUUGGAGUUUUGCUUCCCACACAUGGCUUGUCAUACCUCCUCCCAGCUGCUGCUGAUUUGAGUACUAGACAUUUUGUUUCUUCGGACAUGCAAGUGCCUUACCUGUUGCCAUUUGCAAUCAGUUGUCUAACGGUUCUUUGGUGAAAACCGCUCUUUGUUUCGCAGAGGUUGUGUCUCCACCUAUUUGCAGUCUUUAUAGAGCAAAGCUUAUUUUGAAAAGAAAAAUCAUAUUUUGUGGCUUAAGUCUGUUUACCUUUCAUUUUGAUACUACAUUUCAUAUUUGAAUAGAGGAGACCAAAGUAAUUUAUUCAUUUACUGUCAUGUUUUGGCAUGUUUGAACACACUAACCUAACAAUAAAAUCAAUUCAACAAACUAAGAUUGCCUUUAGCCCUAAAUAAACAGAUCGUAAAAGUGAAACUUGGAACAUACAUCAUCUAUACACUGUACUUCAUUUUAACCAUUUUAAGUUGUGCUGCACUUCAUUUUAUAAUGUAAUGUACAGUUAAUUAUAGAAAUAAAUUGUUUAUUGUCUGCAUCAGAAA